GACGGUUCCCCUUCCCUGACAGGACUGACGGAGACCCAGCUGAGUCUGCAGGUUCAGCACUGAGCCCCAGCCCAGCCCGGUCCGGUUCGGCUCGGUUCGGUGAUGUUGGACAUGGGAGAGCGCAGAGAGGUGAAGAUGAUCCCCAAGUCGUCCUUCAGCAUCAACAGUCUGGUUCCGGAGGCCGUGCAGAGCGACAACAGCAGCAGCCAGAACCACCAGAACCACCACCAGAACCAGCACCACUUGCACCACCAGAACCAGAACCAGAACCAGAACCAGCACCGGCCCGCGGAGGACGCGGAGCAGAAAGCCCCGCCGCCGGCCCCGCAGCCGGACCCCAAAGCCGAGCCGAAACCGGAGGGCGGCUCGGAGCCCGAGGACAAGAAGGACGGGAAGGACGCGGACGGUACCGGUUCGGAGAAGGACGGGGAGAAGAAGAGCGGGAAGUACGAGAAGCCUCCGUUCAGCUACAACGCGCUGAUCAUGAUGGCGAUCCGGCAGAGUCCGGAGAAACGGCUGACCCUGAACGGGAUCUACGAGUUCAUCAUGAAGAACUUCCCGUACUACCGGGAGAACAAGCAGGGCUGGCAGAACUCCAUCCGGCACAACCUGAGCCUCAACAAGUGCUUCGUCAAGGUUCCGAGACACUACGACGACCCGGGGAAGGGCAACUACUGGAUGCUGGACCCGAGCAGCGACGACGUCUUCAUCGGCGGGACCACCGGGAAGCUGCGCCGCCGGUCCACCACGUCCCGGGCCAAGCUGGCCUUCAAGCGCGGGGCCCGCCUGACGUCCGGGCUCACCUUCAUGGACCGGGCCGGCUCCCUGUACUGGCCCAUGUCCCCCUUCCUGUCCCUGCACCACCCGCGCUCCGGCCUCAGCUACAACGGCGCGUCGUCGGGGUACCCGGGCCACCCCAUGUCCUACGGCUCCAUGCUGACCCAGAACAUCAGCAACAACCACUCGUCGUUCCCGGCCUCCAACGGGCUCAGCAUGGACCGGCUCGUGGGUUCGGACCUGCCCUACGCGACCCACCACCUGACGGCGGCGGCCCUGGCGGCCUCGGCGGUGCCGUGCGGCCUCUCCGUGCCUUGUUCCGGGACCACGUACUCCCUGAACCCGUGCUCCGUCAACCUGCUGGCGGGCCAGACCAGUUACUUUUUCCCCCACGUGCCCCACCCGUCCGGUACCGGGACCGGCGGCUCGCUGCAGGCCGCCCGGGCUUCGGCCUCCAACUCCCCGCAGGCUCCGUCCUCCUCCUCGCUGCCCUGCGACGCGCUGAGGCCGGCCCUGAGCGGCUCUCUGCCGGCCUUCUCCUCGGGACUGUCCGGGGGGCUGGCGGACUACUUCACACAUCCGAACCAGAACCAGGGCUCCAACCCGCUCAUACACUGACUGCCCCGCGUCCAUCCAUCCGUGCAUCCAUCAUCCGUUCAUCCAUCAUCCGUUCAUCCAUCAUCCGUUCAUCCAUCAUCCGUUCAU